UAAAGGUCCAGGUUUAACUGUUUACAUUCAAUGAUAUUCACAUGGUCAUGCGCUGUGUUAUCUUUGGAAAGUAGAGAGAAACUUUCCGCGAAUAUGACGUCAAGAAGAGUGGUGCGACAUUCGGGAUGAGGAGCAUGAGCACCCGGUACAAAUGCAGUGUCACUCCCAGUUCUCUACUCUUAUCCCCGAAAAAGACGGACGUGCUUACGGUCACUGGUAACACCCUGGGGCAGGCAUGGGGCCACACAUGGCACGGUCAACCUGUCAUGAGGCCCCUCGCUGGAUUUUACUUCCAUCAACUUGAUUGGCCACAGUUCCUAAUCCGAUGAAAUAUGAAAUUUAUGUUUAACUAUGAGACCUGCACGCCAAACUUGGAAAAGCCCUACCGUGAAGUACUACAGAAGUGGCGGCUGUGUCUGGCAUCUCUCGUCUUUUUUGCCAUCGUUUUAGUCGAUAAUGUGGCAGCUUGUCAUGUCGUAGGAGGAGUAAAUACUGUCCGUUCUCAGUUUCGAAAUCCUUGGAUUCCUUACGACUUUAUGGGUGACUACACAUUUAACACUAAGGUGACUCGCACCUGCCACGGUCCACAGGAGCCGCGCCAAACACAGUGCCUUCAUUUAGAAGAGGACUUAUGCAGUUUGCUGCCGAGUACGAAGCUGGAGCAACUUCAUUUAGAUUUUUGCUCUAAUUACGCCCUAAAAACUGUGCUUGGCUCACAAGGUUGGCAGAAUAUUAUGGGUGUUGACGUUGACCGCUGUAGGACAACUCUUCACGACGUGGUCAGUCUGGACAACAUGGCCAAGAGGGUGAUGUGUGAGGUGGAAGCUGUACUUGCUCGAUAUGACUGUCAAGAAGGUUUUUCGGUCAACUUUAACUGUGAGGAUUGUGAGAAAGCGUAUCGAGAAUGGAUAUGUGCUAUGAUGGUUCCUUUCCAUGUUGAAGACCAGUUUGUGAGGCCCUGCCGGAGCUUCUGUCACCAAGUCGAGCGGCAGUGUCCGUACUUCCAUCCUUUUGUGUUCGAACAGUACGCUGGAGAACCAGUGUUCUUUUGUAUAGAUCCAAAUGUCCCAGACAUUCCUGCCAUAACUCCUGACUCACCUUAUGGCCAACCUGGAAGUUGUUACGAGCCUUGUCACGUAUCUCUGGACACAGGUCAUUCAUCGUGUAAAGUAUCUGACCUGUUCGAGUCUCUGAAAGCAAAUCAUUCUGUGCCCACUCUGAACUCCUCCCUGGAAGCACAGGUUAUGUCCUCUUGUGGUAUACGAAGUGGCGCCAAGCUCUAUAUUGUUUCAGCUCUAGUGCUUUUUGGAGUAUAUGUGUUUUGGUACCUCCUUCUACCUACACAUUGUACAGUAGCUAACGGUAAAACGACUAAAAAGAAAAAAAUGGGUUUCCAUAUAAAAGAACCCACUUAGCAGAACAAUAAUUUUUAGUGUGUGUGUGAUGGUUAUAUAAAAGAAGGAGAGCGACAAAAUUCUUCGCCGGAAAUAACCCACUGAUGAAUUUCCAUUUGACAUGAUUUGGUUAUAAUGAGAAACU